AUGACAGGCGACGGACUGGCAGAUGUGGUCAUGAUAUCCAAUGGUGCUAUCUCCUACUUGCCAAACAUGGGCUACGGGCGGCCUCUCCAACCGCUCCCGACUGCAUCUAGUCGGUGUAUAUGGGUCUGGAACGGCGGAAAUGGUUGGAGUCCUGGCGCUUGGCUUGCAGCAUUUCCAAACACCGACUACCGCAGCUCCGUCUUUGCGUCGGACAUCGUUGGAAAUGGGUGCACAUGCCUUUGCGUCGCGGACUCGGCCUUGGGGGUCACAAGGAUGAAGUUUGUCGACCUUGCAAGCGGAAACAAGCUAUACCUACUAAAUGGCUAUUCUAUUUCGACGCCAGAGAGAGAGUUUCGAGGCUUCGGCAUGGCUGAUAUCUGGAUUGAUGUGGACUUGUCGUAUGGCCAUGGGAAAAUGUUCAUAAACCCCCAAGUUCACCAAAAGUUCUGGUUCUUCACAGGCCCCGCGGAUUUCGACAACAGGUUCAAGGCCAGCUCGCCCAGCGAGCUUUCAUUGCCGCAGCAUCUGCUGCCAGAAUUGGACAGCGAGCAGAAUCAUGAACUCUAUCGCGCUCUCAAGGGACUGGAGUCCCAGCAGGGAAUCUACAUGGAAGGACUCAAGCCAUCAUCGACACCGAUCACGGCAACAGAGCAGGCAUAUGAGAUGCUCCUGAUCGCCGCGGCAAGGGAAGGGCGUAGUGGCGUUUCGCGAGUGAUUCCAAGAGAGGCACUUACACACCUAUGCCGCAAACUCCCCCAUCAAAUACAAAGAUCAAGCAUACUCUAG